AUGAAAGUACCAAAUUCCAGGAUGAAAGUACCACACUCCAAGAUGAAAGUAGCACACUCCAAGCGGAAAGUACCAUACUCCAAGCUGAAAGUACCACACUCCAAGAUGAAAGUACCAAAUUCCAGGCUGAAAGUACCACACUCCAAGAUGAAAGUAGCACACUCCAAGCGGAAAACACUCCAAGAUGAAAGUACCACACUCCAAGAUGAAAAUACCACACUCCAAGAUGAAAGUACCACACUCCAAGACGAAAAUACCAAACUCCAAGAUGAAAGUACCACACUCCAAGAUAAAAAUACCACACUCCAAGAUGAAUGUACCACACUCCAAGAUGAAAGUACCACACUCCAAGUUGAAAGUACCACACUCCAAGAUGAAUAUACCACACUCCAAGAUGAAUUUACCACACUCCAAGAUGAAAGUACCACACUCCAGGCUGAAAGUACCACACUCCAAGAUGAAAGUACCACACUCCAAGAUGAAAGUACCACACUCCAAGAUGAAAAUACCACACUCCAAGAUGAAAGUACCACACUCCAAGAUGAAAGUACCACACCCCAAGAUGAAAGUACCACACUCCAAGAUGAAUGUACCACACUCCAAGAUGAAAAUACCACACUCCAAGCUGAAAGUACCACACUCCAAGAUGAAAGUACCACACUCCAAGAUGAAAAUACCACACUCCAAGAUGAAAGUACCACACUCCAAGACGAAAAUACCAAACUCCAAGAUGAAAGUACCACACUCCAAGAUAAAAAUACCACACUCCAAGAUGAAUGUACCACACUCCAAGAUGAAAGUACCACACUCCAAGUUGAAAGUACCACACUCCAAGAUGAAUAUACCACACUCCAAGAUGAAUUUACCACACUCCAAGAUGAAAGUACCACACUCCAGGCUGAAAGUACCACACUUCAAGAUGAAAGUACCACACUUCAAGAUGAAAGUACCACACUUCAAGAUGAAAGUACCACACUCCAAGAUGAACGUACUACACUCCAAGAUGAAAGUACCACACUCCAAGAUGAAAGUACCACACUCCAGGCUGAAAGUACCACACUCCAAGAUGAAAGUACCACACUCCAAGAUGAAAGUACCACACUCCAAGCUGAAAGUACCACACUCCAGGCUGAAAGUACCGCACUCCAGGCUGAAAGUACCACACUCCAAGAUGAAAGUACCACACUCCAGGCUGAAAGUACCACACUCCAAGAUGAAAGUACCACACUCCAGGCUGAAAGUACCACACUCCAAGAUGAAAGUACCACACUCCAGGCUGAAAGUACCACACUUCAAGAUGAAAGUACCACACUUCAAGAUGAAAGUACCACACUCCAAGAUGAAUGUACCACACUCCAAGCUGAAAGUACCACACUCCAAGAUGAAAGUACGACACUCCAAGAUGAAAGUACUACACUCCAAGAUGAAAGUACCACACUCCAAGAUGAAUGUACCACACUCCAAGAUGAAUGUACCACACUCCAAGAUGAAAGUACCACACUCCAAGAUGAAAGUACCACACUCCAAGAUGAAAGUACUACACUCCAAGCUGAAAGUACCACACUCCAAGAUGAAUGUACCACACUCCAAGAUGAAUGUACCACACUCCAAGAUGAAAGUACCACACUCCAAGAUGAAAGUAUACUCCAAGCUGAAAGUACCACACUCCAAGCUGAAAGUACCAAACUUCAGGCUGAAAGUACCACACUCCAAGCUGAAAGUACCAUACUCCAAGCUGAAAGUACCACACUCCAAGAUGAAAAUACCACACUCCAAGAUGAAAGUACCACACUCCAAGAUGAAAGUACCACACUCCAAGAUGAAUGUACCACACCCCAAGCUGAAAGUACCACACUCCAAGAUGAAAGUACCACACUCCAAGCUGAAAAUACCACACUCCAAGCUGAAAAUACCACACUCCAAGAUAAAAAUACCACACUCCAAGAUGAAAGUACCACACUCCAAGAUGAAAGUACCACACUCCAAGAUGAAUGUACCACACUCCAAGAUGAAUGUACCACACUCCAAGAUGAAAGUACCACACUCCAAGAUGAAAGUACCACACUCCAAGAUGAAUGUACCUUACUCCAAGCUGAAAAUACCACACUCCAAGACGAAAAUACCACACUCCAAGAUGAAUGUACCACACUCCAAGAUGAAAGUACCACACUCCAAGAUGAAAGUACCACACUCCAAGAUGAAAGUACCAAACUCCAAGCUGAAAAUACCACACUCCAAGACGAAAAUACCACACUCCAAGAUGAAAGUACCACACUCCAGGCUGAAAGUACCACACUCCAAGAUGAAAGUACCACACUUCAAGAUGAAAGUACCACACUUCAAGUUGAAAGUACCACACUCCAAGAUGAAAGUACCACACUUCAAGCUGAAAAUACCACACUCCAAGAUGAAAGUACCACACUCCAAGAUGAAAAUACCACACUCCAAGAUGAAUGUUCCACACUCCAAGAUGAAAGUACCACACUCCAAGUUGAAAGUACCACACUCCAAAAUGAAUGUACCACACUCCAAGAUGAAAGCACCACACUCCAAGAUGAAUGUACCACACUCCAAGAUGAAUGUACCACACUCCAAGAUGAAAGUACCACACUCCAAGAUGAAAGUACCACACUCCAAGAUGAAAGUACCACACUCCAAGAUGAAAGUACCACACUCCAAAAUGAAAGCACCACACUCCAAAAUGAAAGUACCACAUUCCAAGCUGAAAGUACCACAUUCCAAGCUGAAAGUACCACACUCCAAGAUGAAUGUACCACACUCCAAGAUGAAAGUACCACAUUCCAAGCUGAAAGUACCAAACUCCAAGAUGAAAGUACCAAACUCCAAGAUGAAUGUACCACAUUCCAAGAUGAAUGUACCACACUCCAAGAUGAAAGUACCAAACUCCAAGAUGAAAGUACCACACUCCAAUAUGAAAGUACCACAUUCCAAGAUGAAUGUACCACAUUCCAAGAUGAAAGUACCACACUCCAAGAUGAAUGUACCACACUCCAAGAUGAAAGUACCACACUUCAAGAUGAAAGUACCACACUUCAAGAUGAAAGUACCACACUCCAAGAUGAAAGUACCACACUCCAAGCUGAAAGUACCACACUCCAAGAUGAAAGUACCACACUCCAAAAUGAAAGCACCACACCCCAAGAUAAAAAUACCACAUUCCAGGAUGAACGUACCACACCCCAAGAUCAAAGUACCAAAGUCCAAGAUGAAAGUACCACACUCCAGGUUGAGAGUACCACACUCCUGGCUGAAAGUACCACACUCAAAGUUGGAAGUACCAUACUCCUGGCUGGAUGUACCACAGUCCUGGCUGGAAGUACCACAAUCCUGGCUGGAAGUACCACACUCCUGGCUGGAAGUACCAUACUUCUGGCUGGAAGUACCACACUCCUGGCUGGAAGUACCACACUCCUGGCUGGAAGUACCACACUCCUGGCUGGAAGUACCACACUUCAAGAUGAAAGUACCACACUCCAAGAUGAAAGUACUACACCCCAAGAUGAAAAUACCACACUACAGGCUGAAAGUACCACACUCCAAGAUGAAAGUACCACACUCCAAGAUGAAAGUACCACACCCCAAGAUGAAAAUACCACACUACAGGCUGAAAGUACCACACUCCAAGAUGAAAGUACCACACUCCAAGAUGAAAGUUCUACACCCCAAGAUGAAAAUACCACACUACAGGCUGAAAGUACCACACUCCAAGAUGAAAGUACCACACUCCAAGAUGAAAGUACCACACUCCAAGAUGAAAGUACCACACUUCAAGAUGAAAGUACCACACUCCAAGAUGAAAGAAGAGUUACGUUAACCAGUGAAUCCCCUGGUCUCACUAUUGUACUGUUUGGAAACACCUCUGCUGUUCACUUUGAAGACACAAACAUACUACUAGGACCAAAGCAUGUUCUACCACUACAGGCCUGCUUACCUAGAGAAUCUAAAAUAUCUGGACAUGUUGUGUCAGUGUUCAACAUGCUUAACUUACAUCAAGAUGAUGAUGAUUCCCGAGUUCCUGUGGAGAACAUCACUGGUUGCUUAGUUAAUGAAAACAACAUCUAUUCCUUUAUCUUUGUUCUGCAACUGGGGCUUUUUACAGAUGGUGAUAAACUGGGACUCGAAUGGCUGCAAAAGACGUUUGGAGAAAAUGUUCUUCCCUUUGUGAUGAUUCUCUUUACGUAUGACAUAGAGGAGGAUUGUGACUCCAUCAUAGAUGAUCUAAAGAGAAACAGUGUACUAGAGCAACUGAUAAAUAAAUGUGGAGGCAGGUACCACACAUGCAGCAGGAGUAUGGAUAACCAAUCAGAGAUGAGAACACUGAUGGAGAAGAUUAACAGCCUGGUCUCAGAGAGAAACCAACACUGUUACACCGCUGAGAUGUACAACACAGCACUGAAGCUCAGAGAAGAUAAACAAGAACACAAGAGGAAGCAAGACUGCAGCUCUAAUCUUUACCAAGAAUCAGCAAAAGCAGAAUGGGAAGAAAAGACGGAGCAUGGAGAAGAAGAAUCUGGACCAAAAUGUGAAGAAAGGAAACAAACGGAGCAACUUUUAACCAGACUUCAUCUUCUGGACAAACAGAAACUAAAGACUUCAGAUGCUCUUCAACUAACUUUUCUUUCAUUAUAUUGCGAAGAACCUUGUGAAGAAAAAGAUCUGGUUCAAACCUUCCUACAAAGGUUGUUAAUGAUGGAUUACAGAGCAAGAUACAUCACCACCAAAGAAGAAGCCACUGCAUUAGACCCUCCUUCUGCAGAUAAAGUUGAAGAAGAAGGUGAUGCAUUUGAUAAGCUUGUUAGCCAAAAAGCUGCAUAUUUUGGAGGUGAGACAAAUCCUAUCCAUCCUAUGGAUCUACAGAUGGCGGUGUUCCACUGCUCAGACAGUUUCCUGAAGCAACUAAUAGUGACUAAACUCUCUCAGUGUCGGUACGCUCUGCCUCUACUGGUGCCAGAUCCAUUUACUGGAAAGAUCGAGUUUCCUCUGUGGACAAUUCGCCAAAUUAUUAAAAGUUGGAAAACCACUGACACUUCUGGUACCAAGAUCAGUAAAACCCAGCAUGUUUAUGAAGCAGAAACUCCAAUGGUGGCGUUCUUCAGGUUAGGAGACGUCUCAGCUUCCAAGUCUCAGCUGAUAAACAGCUUGAUCAAUGAGAAGCAUCAGACGUUCUUCCACAAACACUGUCCAGGCAGCAUUAAAAACCGUCUACUGAUGGAUGGAGUUGUGGAGAUUGCUUGGUACUGUCCAUCUGGAAAGGAAACUGAUCAUUUUACUCACUGUGUUGCUUUUUGUAAUCUACAUGGUGAUGCAGAAACCAGUAAAGAACAACUGGAUAUUCUGACUGAAAUGUCGUCUGUAAAUGUUGUUCUUUUAUCUGAUCCUAAAAAUGAAAGAAAUAAGGAGAUGCUACAGAAGCUUCUGAAAGACCCCAAACCACUCAUCUGUCUCCUUUCUGAGGAUCAAUCAGGUGUCAGUAGGAUUGGGAAUGUAAAAUACAGAAUUGGUUUGAAAGACAGAAAUCAGUCAGAUGUAUCUAAGAACCUCAGAACAACCAUCACAGACUGUUUGUCCAAGUCAUAUUCAAACUUUACACUUGAGAAUUUAAACAAAAACAAUGACAUCAGCACAGAUGAAGAUGAUCCUGAAUGCAGGAAAGGAAAAGAAGCUGCACUAGAGAUAAUAAAACUACUGGAGAGGAAGGAAAUCUCCACAUUAAAGGAAACACACCUGCCCUGUCAAGGGAAGCUCUGGUAUGAGUGGUGUCAGAUAAACAAAGACUCACAUCGACUUCAAGGAAACAAUUUAGAAAUGCAAAAGAGUGAAAAACAAACACAAAUGAAACAAAUCCGUGAACAACAACAAAAAAUUGGCCAAUCAGACUUUAUGAAAAAAUUUAUUUCCUCACUAAAUUCUCUAUCAGGAAAUGAAAAAUCAUUUUUUAUUAAAUGGCUUGAGAUUCUACUGGACAAACAAACCUCAGAUGAUCUUUCAGAUCUUCAUCACAAGUACAAUGAAACAUGGACAAGGGUUUUAGAACAUAAGAAGAAGCAUGACACAUCAGAAAGAGAAAAGAUGAAGGCUGAGCAAACAGAACUUGAGAAAAUAUCUAAAAAACUGAAUGCAGCAACAUUUGGUCUGGAACACAUCUUCAGAGAGAUGGGUCAGAUAUAUGAGUCAGGGAAGAAAACAUCUGAAAAAAGAAGUAUCUUGAAUCUCCCUGAACUUGUUGCAGAACUCAUAAAUUCUGGUCUUCCAAUGGAGUUGAUGGAUGGUGAUGCUGCUCAUGUUCCUCUGAUUUGGGUUUCAGCAGUUCUAGAUGAACUCAUAAAGAAACUGGGAGACCAGAAAGUCUUUGUGCUGUCAGUUCUAGGGAUUCAGAGCUCAGGAAAAUCCACCAUGCUGAAUGCCAUGUUUGGACUUCAGUUUGCUGUCAGUGCUGGAAGGUGCACCCGAGGAGCCUUCAUGCAGCUGGUCAGAGUAUCAGAGGAGAUGAAGGAGCAGCUGAAGUUUGACUACGUUCUUAUUGUAGAUACUGAAGGGCUUCGAGCACUUGAGCUUGCAGGAAAAUCCACUCACCAUCAUGAUAAUGAACUUGCAACAUUUGUUGUAGGUCUUGGAAAUCUGACUUUGAUCAACAUAUUUGGUGAGAACCCUGCUGAGAUGCAGGAGAUUCUUCAGAUUGUUGUUCAGGCCUUCCUGAGAAUGAAGAAGGUCCAACUAAAUCCCAGAUGUAUGUUUGUCCAUCAGAAUGUUGGUGACGUCACAGCUGGAGAGAAGAACAUGGAGGGCAGGAGACGUCUACAGGAGAAACUGGAUGAAAUGACAAAAUUAGCUGCUAAAGAGGAAGACAGUGAAGCUGAGUGCUUCAGUGAUGUUAUUGCUUUCAAUGUACAAGAUGAUGUUCAGUAUUUUGCACAGAUCUGGGAGGGCAGCCCACCAAUGGCUCCACCAAACCCCUCAUACAGUGAAAAUGUUCAGAAGCUAAAGAGAGCUAUUUUCACAAAUGCUACCAAGUCUCAUAGUAUGAAGCUCUCAGAGUUUAAAUCCCGCAUCAGUGAUCUGUGGACGGCUCUACUGAACGAGAACUUUGUUUUUAGCUUCAGAAACACACUGGAGAUUGCAGUCUACAGGAAACUAGAAACUGAGUUUGGAAAAUGGACCUGGUCCCUCAGAAGUGCCAUGUUAGAACAUGAAGAAAAACUGCACAACACAAUUAAAAACAGAAAACUGCAAAAGAUUGAGGACAAAGACCUUUAUGAUCACAUGAAGAAGACCAAAGAAGAAGUGGAGAAAUCAAUGAAAUGUUACUUUGAAAAGGACAAGGACAAAGACAUUUUAAUUCAGUGGAAAGUGAGAUGUGAACAGAGAAUUAAACAACUUCUUGAAGAUCUUGUUAAAAAAGCAAAAACAAACCUGAAUGAUUUACUUCAACAGCAAAAAGCUCGAGAAGCUUUUGAUCACAAAAAGACAGAGUAUGAUGAAAAGCUCUUCAAUAUGAGUAAAACACUUGCUCUACAACUAAAAAGCACAAAAACUGAUGAACGAGUCCUCAGACAGGAAUUUGAUAAAGUGUGGAACAAAUGGGUCACUGCUCUAACACAAGACACACCUGUAGAGAAAUCUUUUGAUUUUUGGGAGGAUGUGAUACAGAUUCUGUCUGAAGGUAAUGAACAAGCUGCUGUGUAUGAGCGAAUAUCUCAGGAAGAUUACACAAAGAUACACAGACUGGGUGAUUAUUCAUGCUACAUUUUAGAGAAAUCAAUGCUACAGCAAGGUUUUGAUUAUGUUAAGUCUGUAUUUACACAAGAUGAAAUGAGUUAUUUUGAAGUCCAGGAGUCAGUGACAAAUCUAAUCAGCAAGGUCAUCCAAGAAUCUGAGAAAUUAGUCAAGAAGAUCUGCAGCAAAAUUACAGGACUAGGGUACAAAAACAGCUACAUUCAGGAAAUAACUGACCAUGUCAAACACAGAGUUGAGCAAUAUCACAAUGAGAACAAGAAAAUAAAACUGAAGAAGGAAUUCACUCUGGAUCUCUGUCUUCAUGUGUGUAAAUUUGCAGAUUCUAAAUUCACCAAGAUCCACCAACAGUUCAGAGAUGAAAAUGAUGUAAAAUUGUACCUAGAAAAGCAGAAACCACAAUAUUACAGCAUCUUCAAAAACUACUGCAGAGGAGCAACAACCACAACAGUAUUUGGUGAACUUGUCUACAACAAUCUUGUACCAGCCAUCCUGGAAGCAGCCUGCAAUAAAACUGCUAUUGAUCUGUCAACACAGAUGAGAUCAGACAUGCCAGAAUUUAAUGGUAACAGGUCACAGCUUGAGAAACACAUCCUGAAAUCUCUGGCAGAGCAGGAGAACUUUGAGAAGUACAUUGAGCACAUCCACCGUCCCAAGAAACACUUUGAACAGUUUAUUACAGAAAACGUUGAUAAAUACAUCACUGAAAAUAACAGUGAGGUUCUGAAUCUUCUCAAAGGAAAUCUGAAACACAAAGAGCAGAAAGUGAUGAACGCUGUGAACAUCACAACUGAAGAAGUGAAGAAGAGCAGUGGUGAUGCAAACAUGUGGCUGAGAAGUUUGAAGAAUUCACUAACAGAUGAGCUGAGCUUAAAAGAAAUAACCUGCACUGGUCUGGAGGAAAUUACAGAUUUAGAUUUUCUUCAGCAGGUUGUGUGUGAAGGUCUCACAAAGAUGAUGUCAGAACAACAUAAAAGCUUCAACAGUGUAACAGACAUCAACAUGGAGAAGUUCAGGAAGAAACCAGAUGAGAUUCUGAUUGAACAUCUCUGUAAAUGCUGCUGGGUUCAGUGUCCAUUCUGUAAAGCCGUCUGCACCAACACAAUGGAGAAUCAUGAUGGAGAUCACAGUGUCCCCUUCCACAGAGUAAUUGGAAUCGUAGGAAGUUAUUACAGAAAUACAUCAAUUCUAUUUACUAAUAUUUGCACAACUGUAGCACAAAGUAAUAAAGGUUUCUACACCAAUCAUGAUUCAGAUGUGUCAGUACCCUACAAAAAUUACAGAAGAGCAGGAAGAGAAUUUGCUAAGUGGAGCAUCACCCCUGAUAAUUCAGAGCUCCCAUACUGGAAGUGGUUUGUGUGCAGAUUCCAAACAGACCUGGAAAAGUACUAUGGUAAAUUAUUCCAGGGACACGGAAAGAUUCCCACUGAAUGGGGAAACUGUACAAAAAAAGAAGCUAUAGAGAGUUUGGAUAAAUACAUCUGAAGAAUAAGACACACAUGCAACCGAUAUAUGUGUACACACACAUAUAUAUAGUCGUACUUAUAUAAUUAUUUAUAAUAUAUAUAAUCACAAUCAUUUAUAAUAUAUAUAAUCACAUAUAAUCAUUAAUAAUAUAUGUAAUAUCACAUAUAAUCAUUUUGAGUUUUAUGG